CAAACAGAUGAACUGUUAAAUCUCGGUCCCCUGACUCCUUGGAGACCAGCCUGUACUCUUCAGGACAGCAAAACGACAGCAAAACAUGAGGACAGCACUACUCUUUCUUUGCCUUUUGGGAAUCGCUUGUGCUUUCUCUGUAAAAAACUUCCGCAGAAGAUUUAAAGCCGAGGAUUCAGAAGAAAAUGCAGUAUUCAAGAACAGAUUUCGGUAUUUCCUUUACAGAUAUCCCUACCACUACCCACCUGUGAAAAGAUUCCAGUUUAACAGUGACUCAUCAGAAGAAGGUUAUGGUGGUGACAGUUCUGAAGAAGAGGAAGAAGAAGAAGAAGGGGGACAGUCCAAUGAAGAAAAUGAAGGUGGCAAGGAGAAAGAAACGGAAGAGGCUGCUACGGAGGCUCCUUCUGGGAAAGGGACUGUGAAUAAAGGAGUUGCCAAACCUCCUAAGCAGGUGCCAGUAAGUAAAGACCCCAUUGAGAAACCGGGGAAAGGAGGUGGGAUUAAAAAGGGUGAGAAAGACAAAGCUCCAGAAAAAACAGGAAAGAAGGAAGGCUCUGAAAAUGAAGAAGACAGUGAUGAAAAUGAGGAAGAAGAAAAUGAAGAAGAAGAGAAGGAAGAAGAGGAGAAAGUGGAUGAGAAUGGACAAGGUGUCAAUGGUACCUCUACCAACAGCACUGCAGAAGAGAAUGGAAAUGGUGGCAAUGGAGAAGAGGAAGAGGAAGGUAAUGAGGAAGAGGAAGCAAAGGAAGCGACUACCAUUGUUCCUACCACGGUGGUCACCACUGUCAUCCCUACGACAGAGUAUCAGGAGCAAUACGAAACUACCACUGAAGAUCAGUGGCAAUACGUGACCCCUGAAGAUCCAUGGCAGUACGACACCACCACCGAAGAUCCAUAUGCUUACGAUACCACCACCACCGGUUACGAAAAUGGCUAUGAGACUCACACAGAUUACUAUGGGAAUGAGGACGGGUAUCCCCGUGGUGACACUUUCCGGACAUAUGAAGAUGAGUAUAGCUAUUAUAAAGGGCAUGGAUAUGAUGUCUAUGGUCAAGACUACUAUUACAAUCAGUGAAGAAACGAAGCCAUUGUUUGGCAAGAUUCGUGAUAAUGGCUUGUAUCUUUAGCACUCAGCUCAGCAAAGUUGGAAGCCUUCCGUCAGCCUAAGGAACGUUCCUCCGAUGGAAGAAGCUCUUUUAACCAUAGGCACACCCAUGUGAGGAAGUCUCCUUAGUCUGUAAGAAGGCUUCAGCCUUUGCUAAACAGAAUGGGAGGAUGCGAGCCACUAUUUCUCGUGACUGUUGCUCAGAAAUGUCUACUCAGGAAGAUGCGUCACAAUAUAACAUGGUAUCAGUUGGGAAAGAUAGAAGAUUAACAUGUGGCGUUAUUGCAAAGUACAAAAACGUGUACUUUUCUCUGUUGUUAAGUUUGCGCUUUCAACCAGUAUUCACAUACUCAUGGUGAACUUUUCUAGGAUGUGUAGAACUUGUUUUUUUAAUCAUGUUGUGAAAGAAUAUCAUGUGUUAAAUGAAAUUAUUAUCAAAAUGAUGGCUGUUGUAUAUGAUAUAUACUCCAUCCUUGUGUUUAUAUUAAAGUCAAGAUGAGUUCUGAAA